UGCUUACAAAGGCGCCGCACAGCAAGCUCAGCUAGCUGGAAAGAACAAGGUUGACCAGGACAAGGAAGGGCGAUUAGCCGCCGGGAGAAUCCGCAACAAAUUGGAGGAUGAACACAUCAGUCUGAAGGAGGAUUCCAUGUACCACGCCAGCGAGGCAGACGUCGUGCGGGCUGCGGGUAUCUACCUGAUGCACCCGGUUGGCCAGGCACUCAACUUUCACCAAAACCUUGCUCGCAGUAUCACGAUUCAGUCCGAGUUUCAGAAAAGCCGUAUGCGCACCGAUAUCGCGUAUUUCAAGUCGCCAAAUCGACAAGGGAACCCAGGACGUGCAUUUGCUGUUAUCGAAUUCAAGAAGCGCGGCGUUCUCAGCAACGCUCAGUUUGCAGCUGCCACCAAGCCUGUCGAUACAACCAACCCCGCCCAAGUAAAGCAAGCCGUUGACGCAGCGAUGAAAAGGCCCCCAGUUGGUGGCGACCGUAGCUUCUUCGAACGCAGUUCGUUGAAGUGCAUCAAGCAAGUCGCUGCCUACGCUCUCAACAACAAGAUUCAAUAUGCCGCCCUGUUCGACUGGGAUGUCUUGGUACUUGUGAGAUUCAGUCAACACAACAUCGGCCCGCAGCCCGGGAACGUGAACCCCUCGGUUGGAAACUGGUGCGAGCUAACCGUCUUUACUACGGCUGAGUCUCACUUGAUGCGCCCUGCCUUGCUUGGCUUCCUAGCGGAGGCCUAUGUCAAGACCCCGUAUUAGCUAUAUCAACGGGUGUACUUUAUGUAUUGGAACCGGUUGUAAUUCUUGGAACAACCUUGCCGUUCCGGCACGAAUGAAGGGGUGGGUUGGUGGCUAAGAAGGAACAUGACAAGACGGUACUCCGUUUGCAAAUGGGGGUCUACGGUAGCCUAGCGAACAUGAAUAGAUUGACUUUCCUUAUACCUAGGUAGUCGCGAC